UUCUUCUGCUUCACUUUCCUGGGACGUGUGCAGUGAAAGUGAGCGGUCUGCCUCUCUCAUUCACUCUGAACUCAUCACAGUCCACGCACACAGCGACACUGACACUCUCAAAGCCUGUCUGUUCUUCACCGUUCCUGCUUCUCUUUCUGAGGGAAAGACAGAAAUCCUCUUUUUCUCUCCGUUUCACCUUUCCGCGGGCAUGCAUCUGCACGGUGGCGGGCACCGGGAGGGCUGUUGGAGUCGCGCUUGGAUAAAUGUUUGCAGAUGCACUUUAUAUUUAUUUCUGCUAUUAAGCCUGGAGCGGAGCACCGUGCACUCAGCACAUACAGAUGAAUCGGACACUUUUGCGUUUUUCCACGAAGGAGCACAGGGCUGCCUGGGGGUACGAGAUCAUAUGCUCUACAUCUCUCCGUCCUGCGAAGGUGACCCCCAGCUGUGGAAAUGGGUGACCAGGGGGCGGCUCUUCAACAUUGGCUCCUCCCUCUGCCUGGGCAUCAUCACGGGCAACAUGAGCACAUUUGGGGAGAAGUCACCACUGGGCGUGUUUCGCUGCGACUACGAGCCUCCGCGAGUGCGCUGGACCUGGACCUGCAGCAAGUUCUUGGAGAUACUUGAAAAUUACUUGCCCUCCCCAAAAUUACUCCUCAACACCGGCAAUGUCUCGGCUGCCGGCUCCCCUCCUGCAAGAUCCCCUUCCCAAAAGUCUCUGUGGCGAGUCAAUGACAAUCAAGAUCUUUGCGCCAAGUCAUACCGAGAAAUCUACACCAUCCAAGGAAACUCUCACGGCAGCCCAUGCUACUUCCCCUUCCUGUAUGAUGGCCAGUGGUUCCACAGCUGCACCAGCGUGGGCAGGGAGGAUGGCUUUCACUGGUGUGCCACUACUCAUGAUUAUGGAAAGGACCAACGCUGGGGCUUCUGCCCAGUGAAGAGUACUCACUGUGAGACGUUUUGGGACAUAAACCCUUUGAUGGAUAACUGUUACCAGUUUAACUUUCAGGCCACGCUGUCCUGGAGUGAAGCACGGACCAGCUGCCAACAGCAGGGAGCAGACCUGCUCAGCAUCACUAAAGUAGAAGAACAAAUCUUUAUCAACGGUUUGCUAACUGGGUACAGCGCCACCCUGUGGUUGGGCCUGAAUGAUUUAGAUCUCAAUGGAGGCUGGCAGUGGGCUGACUCCGCCCCUCUCAAAUAUCUAAACUGGGAAACAGAAAUGCCAAGCUAUGACGAGGAGGAAAACUGUGGAGUGAUCAGUACCGAUUCUCAGGGCCGCUGGCACAACCGGGACUGCUCAGUGGCUCUGCCUUACAUUUGCAAGAAACGACCCAAUGCCACACUCGACCCCUUCACCACAGACUCCUGGGCAGAUGAUGGGCGGUACCAGUGUGAUGUAGGCUGGCAAAACUUCCAGGCGGGCUGCUAUAGGCUGAACUCAGACAACCUGGACUGGAGCUCCGCCCACAAAACGUGUCAAAAGAUGGAGGCUAACCUCGUUAGCAUCCACACCCUCCCAGAGCUUGAAUUCAUCACUAAGCAUAUGAAGAAAGAUAUAGAGGAGUUAUGGAUUGGUCUACAUGAUACAGCUAUGCAGAUGAACUUUGAAUGGACGGAUCGCACUCCAGUCAUCUUCACUUACUGGCAUCCAUUUGAACCCAACAAUUUUCGAAAUGUAAAUGAGGAUUGUGUCACCAUCUGGGGGCCUGAGGGCCGCUGGAAUGAUAGCCCAUGUAAUUACUCGCUGCCCUCGAUCUGUAAGAAACCAGCACAGAAGUCUGACGACCGGAUAGAGGACCACGGCUGCAAACGGGGUUGGAGAUGGCACAGUCCUUCCUGCUUCAAGGUUGGAGAAGAAUCUCUAACCUUUAAUGAUGCAAAAGGAAUGUGCGCUAGCAACAAUGCCACACUCGUCAUUAUUAAUAACAGGUUUGAGCAGGCCUUUGUGAGCAGCCUGGUGUUUGGACGAUCUGCCGAUCAGUUCUGGGCGGACUGGUAUAAUGAGAACAGCACCGGCACGUUACGCUGGAUAACGGGAGAGGAGCUCACAUACACCAACUGGAACAGAGACCAGCCAGCACAGAUAAAGGAGGUUUGUGUGGUGAUGGUGGCAGGGCAGGCCAUGGGUCUGUGGGAUGUGAAGGACUGUGCCAGUGUCCGCUCCAAAUACAUAUGCAAACAGAAUCAGGACUCUCUCAUCCCCAGCCCCCCUGUUCCUCAGCCCACGCCCUCCCUAACAGGAUCAUGCCCAUCGGGAUGGAAAAGCACCAAUAAGUUCCGCUACUGCUACAAAGGUGUUUUUCAUGCAGGUGCACUGGAGAAGAGACUGACUUGGAUUCAAGCUCACAAGUUCUGCCAGAAACAUGGAGCUCAGCUCGCCAGCUUCAGCACGCCAGAGGAAGAGACCUAUGUCUUCCAGAUCCUCCAUGAGGCCUUCGGGGAGGCGGAGGAUCAUGAGCAGCACUGGCUGUGGAUCGGAAUUUCCCGCAGGAAUAGUGACAGUUGGACAUGGAGUGACGGAUCAGCUGUGUCCUAUCAGAACUUGGCAGUUGGUAAUUAUGGGCCUGCUGAGUGUGGAGCAGCUAACAUGGCUGACACCAACUGGCUGGCAUCAUACUGCGAGUCUGAGCUGGACUGGAUCUGCAAAAUACCGAAAGGGAAGGCGGAAGAGGAACCUGAGAGCCAUGAAGACACUGGUUUAGAGUGGGUCGAUUUUGAGGAGGCACAAUAUAAAAUGUUUGAACAUCGCUCCACGUGGGACCAGGCUCAGAGGAUCUGCUCCUGGUUCGAAGCCUCCCUGGUCUCCAUGCACUCUCCUAAGGAGAAUCAGUUUUUGGUUAGCACUUUACGCAAGAUGUCCCGCAAAGAAAAUGACCUGUGGUGGAUUGGCUUGCACAGUUUUAAGAACGAUGGGAGAUUAAGGUGGUCUGAUCAUUCGGUGCUCAAUUAUGUGUCCUGGGGACUAGGACAGCCUCGACCAAUCAGCAAAGAGCCCAAAUGUGUCCAAAUCUCUGCCUCAAAAGGUGACUGGUCAGACCAGAGGUGUCACGUCGAUCUUCCAUAUGUGUGUAAGAGGGUGAAUGUGACAGGAACCAUCCCUCCCACACCCGCUUCUCCUCUCAUACCUGCCGGCUGCCCCCAGGGCUGGAGUCCUUUUCUACACAAGUGUUAUAAGGUGUUUGGAGAAGAGCUGUCGAGUCGUAGCACUUGGGAAUCUGCCUCUAAGACGUGUCUGACACAAAGAGCCACGCUAGUAACAGUGCCAAACCACAGAGUUCAGGCAUUCCUUGUGACUUUGCUGCCCAACAGCAGUUUCCAUGUGUGGGUGGGGCUUACUUCAGAAUCACAGGCUCAGUUCAGGUGGUUUGAACCUGGAUUCCUUAGCUAUACUAACUGGGCCCCUGGAGAACCAGUGGACAACAGACAAAUGAAAAGCCCGGGUAACUGCAUAGUGCUUCUCCAUGGUAGUCCUCCCCGGGUGAUGGGCAUGUGGGCGUCUCGCAGGUGUGAUGCAGAGAAACAUGGCUUCAUCUGUAUGAAGGAAAAAGACCCUGCCUUGCCCCCUGGCAUAGACCCUCUUCCCCCAAUAUUAGAUGGCCCAUUGGAAUUUAAUGGCGUACAGUACCGGAUCUUGCAGAAGCCUCUGGACUGGUACACACAGCUGUGCAGGUUGUGUGACUCCGUCAACGGAACUCUGGCAGCGGUGCGGGAUCCUCGGCAGCACGCCUACCUCACCCUCCUCCUCAGCACGCUCCGCAAACCCGCCUGGAUCGGGCUACACAACGACGGGGCUCGGAGCUACACGUGGUUGGGUGAAGAGGAGCUCACAUUCAGUGACUGGCGGGAUGGACAGCCUAAUCAAAUGUAUGGAUGUGGUCACAUGACCAUUGAAGGCCAAUGGACUGUGGCUGCUUGUAAUACAAAAUUAAAUGCUGCCAUCUGUGAAAUUAACACGGAGAGAACAAUAGAACACAGGUGGAUGUAUCCAGGUUUAUGCCCACAUCCUGUAGGUAAUUGGUCCUGGGUUCCUUUCAGAAAUCACUGCUACUCGUUCAUCCUCCACGAGCUACAAUUUAAACAUGAGGCCAUACGCAUGUGUAACAAAGUGGGAGCUAAGCUGUUGUCAAUAUUAGAUGAAAACGAGAACAGUUUUGUAUGGGAGCAUAUGCAGAGUUUUCAGCGACAGGCCUACGGCGCUUGGCUUGGAAUGAUCUUUAACUCCAAAGGCAAGAAGUUUAAUGAACAACACUUGUUUCCUUUAUUGCCCUGCAGUUUGGAUCUCCUUUAUCUAGACCUGUGUGUAUAUGUUCGACUCCACAGAGGCAGUCUGGAGUGGUCAGACAGUCAAGUAGUGGACUACAGUAACUGGGAGCAGCAGGACGCUAAUCUGAGCAUGCUGUCCGCCAACAGCUGCUUCUGGGUUCAGAGCAACACGGGCCUCUGGAGGCCGGGGUCCUGCAAAAACCGCACACAUGGAGUCAUCUGUAAACGCCCUCGGGGAGCCACAGCAGAGCCUGUAGUUCAUUCCAAGGUCGACCAUCUCCAUGUAUUGAUUCAGGUCCUGGUUGGAGCCCUCGUUCUGAUUGCUCUGGUGGUGGGAGGGAUUUAUCUGUAUCGUAGGCGGAGCUUCGGCUCCAUGGGUGCCUAUGAGAGCGCUCGGUACAGCCGCACUAACUCCGCCCCCUCCGAAGAAGCUGAAAAAAACAUUCUCGUUUCAGACAUGGAGUUAAACGAACAAGGCGAAUAAUGCUGGAUAGGUUCGAAACACCUAGGAAAACAAAUCUGCCAAGGCAGCAACUGACUGAGAGAAUUUACGUUUAUGAAAAAAAAAAGCUGCGGUUUUGUUUUUGUGUUUAUUUUUCCAGAGACAUUGAGAGAGCUGUGUAGAGCGCAGCAGCAGAUGAUCGACCAAAAUCAACAAAGACAAAACUCCAUUAAAUCCAUCUAAGUCUGUCAACCAAUCAAAUUCCACCAUCUCAGAGGAGCUGUUAGGAAUGGCUAGUGUGGAAGCUUAUUUUUUGUUUGUCUUUAUCCAGUUAUGGAAAUCCAGUUUAUGUGCAUAUUUUUUCAUGUCCUUUAUGUCAUAGUUAUUCUUUAAUGCCAAAAGGGAACAAAG